GUCGGUCAGCAGAGGGCGAGGCAGGGGCCGGCGCGGGAGGAUCUCGGCAACGUGCGCGAGGCGGGGCAGGCGCCGGCAGGGAAAGCUUAAUUGGGAUCAAAUCACAGCGCGGCCACACGCGUUGCCUCCGGACGGAGGCAUAAGUACUUGAGCCCCGCCGCCCUCCUCCGUCCCCGCCUGGCGACUCGCCGUCUCCCCCCGAACUCCCCCCGCCCCCCUCUGAGGAUGAACUACGCCGCCGCGCUCGCGUCCCGCCUCGGUUCCCGCCCCCCGUCCCUCCACACCGCAGACAAGGACGACCGGGCUAGCAUCGCGUCCUCUCAGGGUGCGCGAUCCGUCGCUGUCACGCGUCGUUCGCGUCGUAUUGACGUCUCUUCGCUUCCAGGGACGAGCCCCUCCUCCGCGUCCGAGAGCUCUUCACUGAGUAGUCUCGAGACCCCCGCAACCUCCUUCUCCGACCCGUCUGCUGGUCCGUCCGUCACACGCCGGAACGAGCACCUCGCGGUCCUUCUCCCUAAGCGCCAGUGGAAGCCCGACCACCAGGCGCCCCACUGCAGCAUCUUCCUCUGCCGCAAGCAGUUCUCCAUCCUCGAGCGCAAACACCAUUGCAGAAAGUGCGGCGAUAUCAUCUGCGGUACCUGUUCAACACGCUCGACACUGCUCCUCGACUCUUCAAACCUUGACUUCGUCUACCCUCCCCGCGACACCCCCAUCUCCGUCUACGCUUCUCCCGCAUCUCCGGUGUCGCAAGAACGCGUCUGCGAUCACUGCUGGGAUCAGAUUCAUGGCGUUGUAACGCCACGCUCACCCCUCUCCCAGAGCGCCUCGCCACAAGCCCUCUUUGAUUCGCCCAGGGACGCCUACUCCCCGGCGUCCUCUGUGUCCUCAUCGAGUGGCAUUCACACUCCGCCCGACAUCCUCUCUCCAACCGCACGUCCUGUUCUGCGCCGUUCUUUCACUGCCUCUACUGCAGGCGCUGGUACUAGCUCGCCUCGCCCCCCGUCAUCGCCCCUCCGGUCGCCUGUGCAGUCAUCGCAGACGUUGUCUGCUAUGGCUAACGUACACGUUGCAGACCACGAGCUUGCAUUGACGGACAAGCCUGUGGAGGAUCUCGGCGAGCUGGAGGCGUAUCCUCUCCGGCGCGCUAGCCAGAUAUGUAAGGCUACGGGCGGCGGGCGCUGGGCCCCGAAGCAGUGUAUCAACCUGAUCGGGGACCACCUGCCCGGCCAGAAGCCGCAGUACCUCAUCGAGCUGGAGCGCGAGGAGGCAGAGCGGAAGCGGCGGAAGGCGAACCCAGUUUACGAGCACGGAGACUUCAAGCUCCGGGCUCCUCAUGAGGUUGGACCGCGGUCGCCCGGUGGUCCCGUCAACUUCUCUACCUACUGAGGUGGUUUAUCCCCUCUGCCCCGCCGUCGUCACCCUCCGUGCACUGUUAUCGUAUAGGCCCGCCUAUCCCCGGCCGGCCUCUCCUACCCGUAUGUUAUAUGUUAAUAUCCUCCUAACCUAUCAGCUCGUCCACUCCUCGUCU